GAUGGUAAUGGGACGGUCUGCCAAGUACGCUUGUCGUCUUGCAAAACAUUUCAAUUUCCGGCAUAAGGAGUCUGCUUUAGCCGACGCACUGCCAAUCUAGACGCGAGCGGCGUGAAUGAUAAUAGUGUGCAAGCCGCGAAGUCGUGAAUGAUUUCGUUUUUACCGCUUAUGGUUUACGUUGGCAGUACUACAAGCCAAUAACGACGGCAGCCAUACAUACAUACCAGAAACGUUAUCCGCAACGCUGAUCGUUGGCCUCGUCCACUUCUCAAAAAUUUGAGUUCGGUGGCCCACGUUUUUAUUUGACGAGGCUCUAUUGCAGUGCUUGAUAAGUCUUCGUCAAAAUGCCACCAAAACGUGCAACAGAGGAAACCGAUAAGCUAACCAGAAUAGCCAUUGUCAAUACUGAUAAAUGCAAGCCAAAAAGAUGUCGUCAAGAAUGCAAAAAGUCCUGUCCAGUAGUACGUAUGGGAAAACUUUGCAUUGAAGUUACCCCAAACAGCAAAAUUGCAUCAAUCUCAGAAGAACUGUGCAUUGGUUGUGGUAUCUGUGUAAAGAAAUGCCCAUUUGAAGCAAUUUCAAUCAUCAAUUUACCAAGUAAUUUGGAAAAAGAAACAACCCACAGAUAUUCAAAAAAUUCCUUCAAAUUGCAUAGGCUUCCUAUACCAAGACCAGGAGAAGUACUUGGAUUAGUUGGAACAAAUGGAAUUGGUAAAUCAACUGCAUUGAAAAUUCUAGCUGGAAAACAAAAACCCAACUUGGGUCGCUUCACUGACCCACCAGACUGGACAGAUAUUUUGAGUCACUUUAGAGGUAGUGAAUUACAAAAUUAUUUUACCAAAAUUUUGGAGGAUAAUUUGAAAGCUUUGAUCAAGCCACAGUAUGUAGAUCAGAUCCCCAAAGCUGUCAAAGGAACAGUCCAACAGUUAUUAGACAAAAAAGAUGAAACUCAAAGUCAACAGAGAAUUUGUGAAAUGCUUGAUUUGACACACAUUAGAGACAGAGAAAUUGGGGCUUUAUCUGGUGGAGAAUUGCAACGUUUUGCUUGCGCCAUGGUGUGCAUUCAAGAUGGUGACAUCUUUAUGUUUGAUGAACCAUCCUCGUACCUUGAUGUCAAGCAACGUUUGAAUGCUGCUGUUACUAUCAGAUCUUUGAUACAUCCUGAUAAGUUUAUUAUAGUUGUUGAGCACGAUUUAUCUGUAUUAGAUUAUUUGUCCGACUUCAUCUGUUGUUUGUAUGGAGUUCCUGGUGCUUAUGGAGUAGUUACUAUGCCUUUCUCUGUUAGGGAAGGAAUUAAUAUUUUCCUUGAUGGAUUUGUACCAACAGAAAAUUUGCGAUUCAGAGAAGAAUCACUUGUUUUCAAAGUAGCUGAAAGUGCCACAGAAGAAGAAGUUAAACGAAUGAGCCAUUACGAAUAUCCAGCAAUGGUAAAAACUAUGGGUAACUUCCAUUUAGAAGUAGAGAGAGGACAGUUUACUGACUCCGAAAUUUUAGUUUUGCUGGGAGAAAAUGGUACUGGUAAAACUACUUUUAUUAGAAUGUUGGCUGGUAAUAUAACCCCAGAUAGUGGCUCAGCUGAAUUACCAAUGCUGCACAUCAGUUACAAACCUCAGAAAAUCAGUCCAAAAUCACAAGGAAUUGUCAAACAAUUACUUCACGAAAAGAUUCGCGAUGCAUACAUCCAUCCACAGUUCAUCACAGAUGUUAUGAAACCAUUAAAAAUUGAUGACAUCAUAGAUCAAGAAGUUCAAAAUUUGUCUGGUGGUGAAUUGCAACGUGUUGCCUUGGCUCUAUGCUUAGGUAAACCGGCUGAUGUCUACCUAAUUGAUGAACCGUCAGCUUAUUUGGAUUCCGAACAGCGUUUAGUUGCCGCUAAAGUUAUCAAAAGAUUUAUUCUGCACGCUAAAAAAACUGGAUUUGUUGUUGAGCACGAUUUCAUCAUGGCUACAUAUUUGGCAGAUCGUGUGAUAGUGUUCUCUGGUACCCCGUCUAUGACGACGGUAGCGCACAGUCCACAAUCCCUAUUAAAUGGAAUGAAUAGAUUUUUAGAAUUAUUAGGUAUCACUUUCAGAAGAGAUCCAAACAACUUCCGCCCUCGAAUAAACAAGAGCCAAUCCGUGAAGGAUGUGGAACAGAAAAGAGCUGGACAAUAUUUCUUCUUGGAAGAUUAGUUGUCUAAUAGAAUAAAAGAAUAAAUCGAAUCGAUCGAAUAGAAGAAUAAAUAACGAAGGGAUAUUUUUUGAGAACUAUAUUGGCACCUCGGAAGAAAAAAAUUGAUUAUAAAAUAUUGCUGAAUACUCUCUACAAAAUGUCUUUCCAUCACACAGUAGUCUAUACAUAAUCGUGUAUUAUGAUACUAGUGCCAAAAGUAGCACUUAAUGACAGGGUAUAGUUUAGGGCCCAGAGUGAAGCGAGUCUAUAAGUGUUACUCAUGGCACGAGUGUUCUACAAUAUUUUGUAACACUGUGCGAAGUUCACUUUUAUGCCCUAUAAUCUAAGACAUAAGUUGCUCAUUAUAGCAUCACGACGUGAAAUAAGCGCACGCUGAGGUGCCAAAAUGUGACACUUAUGUAACUGAAAAAUAUGCCAUAAAAGUGAAUUUUUUAUAAUUCAUCAAAAAAAUUGUUUUAUUUCUUUUGAAAACAACAUCAAAUCUGUUUUUAA